GGUUCCUGGCGUAUGCAGUGCGCUUGGGUAUAAGUAAGAUAGAGACCACGAGGGGUUCGAUCGACGGUUCAAUAGAAUGCCGUCGUUUAGAAUUAACCCACCAAGUCGAUACUCACUCGUCUCUCUCUCUCUCUAGCCGCACCCCAUCCACCAGCCAGUACCGCGUUCGCACAUCAUACCCGCCUCGAUAAUGGGUAGCGUAACCGCGAAACCUCACGUGUUGAUCAUCGGCGGCGGACUCGGUGGACUCCUGCUUGCCCAGGGGUUGCGGAAGUACAACAUCUCAUGUGAGGUCUUCGAGAGAGACGACAGCCCCGUCUCUCGGACUCCAGGCUGGGCCAUCGCCAUACACUCUCUUCGUGAUGACAUCCUCUCAAUAAUUCCAGAUGACCUGCCGCCUCUGAAGCAAGCUGUUGAUCAUCUGAUGCCGUUGAAUCUCGAUGCCGAGAUUGGGAUCUACUCUCAGGGCCAGCGCGCAGUUGUGCGGAGUACCCCCGAGGCUCCUAUCAUACGCGCGAACCGCUUCCGCUUCCGGGAGUGGCUCUCCACCAACGUCACCAUCCGGUGGGGCAAGAGGGCGACGCGGGUCGAGGAGCUGAAGGAGGAGUUGGGCGGAGGGGUCCGCGUCCACUUCGAGGACGGCACAACCGCGGCCGGCGACAUCGUCGUCGGUGCCGAUGGUGUGAAUAGCAUCGUACGUGAACAUGUCCUGCAGCGCCCCAAUAAAGAAACCCUCUCGGCCAUCCCAGCCGUCGUGCUCGUAGGCGAGGCCACCAUGUCUGGCGACGCCUUCCUACGCCAGCUCUCGCUCGGACACAGUUGCUACAUGACCAACGACCCAGUCGCCAACCGGUAUUUCAUCUUCGUCGGCCUCCGACAGGUAGCCGACACGGGUGACUCCGGGCGCUACUACUGGCUGCUCGUGAGCGCAGACCCGACCUUCACCGGAGACGGCAAGAACAGCGACGGCACCCGGCACUGGACCAGCACCGCCACUAAGCCAGAGCUCCUCGCUCGCGCCCUCGAGAUGACCUCCACGAUGGACCCUAAGUUUACCGAGGUCAUCAGGUCGACGACCGCGGCCGACAUGUUGGACGGGCCGAUGGUGAUCCGAGAUGUCAGCGCUGAUAUCUCGGAUCUGCCCGUCAGUCGGGUAACGCUACUUGGUGACGCCAUUCACCCCAUGUCCCCUUUCCGUGGCGAGGGCGCUAUGCACGCAUUCCGAGAUGCAAUCGCCCUAGCGAAGGCGUUGGGUAAGCUGACUUCAAACGACUGGCCCACGAUCAAGGAGAUCAUCGGCGCGUACCAGAAGGAGAUAGUGCAGCGAGGCGGCGACGCAGCCAGGGCAUCUAGGAACGCUUUGAAAGUGAAUUCAGGAGGUCACGGCACGAUGUUUGCCUGGGGCCAACCGGCCGCCCCGGCACCCGAGAAGGUGGUCACCUUCGAGAGCAUCCGCACGUGAUGGCAAAUUAGGGGAUGCGGGGUCUCGAGUUCAGCUAGGUUGGGUUACAGCUGCCUACCUGGCCUGUUGAUAGGUUAUAAUACUUGCUGCCACAUAAGUCAAUAUAGCGUCACGGAAAUAUAGAUAAGCGUGUGAAUCGGAGGAACGGCGAGGACAUCUCGCAGCACAUUCCGUGCGUGAAGAUGUCGGAGUACCGGGCGUAUGAGUAAUAGCGUCGGCG